AUGUCGUCCGGUUUGCAAAGACGUCGCGGUGGUAAGUCGUUCACCCCUACGACCAACGGAGACUCCUCCAACGACUACGAUACCGAGGAAAAUGUCGGAUCCCACAAAAUUGCAUACGAUCCCGAAGACAUGGCCACUGCCAACAAGGAAAAGGAAGUGCCUCUGUUGACUCUCAUGGAAGAGGUGUUGCUUGUUGGACUGAAAGAUAAGGAAGGCUAUCUGUCCUUCUGGAACGACAACAUCUCAUAUGCAUUGAGAGGUCUUAUCAUCAUGGAAUUGGCCCUGAGAGGCAAAAUCAGAAUGGUCAAUGAUCCAGUUAGAAGACGGUUCGAGCUUGCGGACAGAUUGAUCGAGGUUGUUGACGGUAGCAUAACUGGUGAGACGUUGUUGGACGAGGCUUUAAAGUUGAUCAAGUCGGAUACGUCGAACUUGAGUGUGUCCAAUUGGAUCGACUUGUUGAGUGGUGAGACCUGGAAUCUGAUGAAGAUUAACUACCAGUUGAAGCAGGUGAGAGAAAGAUUGGCCAAAGGCUUGGUUGACAAGGGUGUGCUGAAGACCGAACGUAAGAACUUCUUCUUGUUUGACAUGGCCACGCACCCAAUCAGCGAUCCUUCUGCUAAGAAGGGUGUUGUCUCACGUAUUCGCAACUUGCUUGUGAACAGAAAUUAUAUUAUAGAGUACGAUGACAAGUUCUUCCCACCACAGAUAUCCUCCAAGUAUCUGAGAGCGAUUGCCCUGGUGUGUGGUUGUUACGCUGCUAACGUUCUGGAGAACGUGUUGACCGAGCUCAGCUAUGAGAACCGCGACAAGGCAUUUGCUCGGGCGGACGAGCUCUUGAAUGAUUACAGCGAGUAUCCGUUCGAAACCAAAACCAGUUCUCUGGGUGUUGGUCUUAACCUGCAAAGCGAGGUGGCGAAGGAGAUUGAGACUGAGGGAACAAGUGAGCUUGUGCUCGAGGUGUUUGCUGCUGUCAUAAGUGUCUUCAGCAAAAUGGAUUCGAUCAUAUGA